AUGGCUGCCGCUGCGCGCCCGGCGCCAAGCGAGCUCCCGGGAGGACGUAAAAAGGGCCGGAUAUCCGGCUCAGAGGUCGGGUUUCGCAGAUGUGCUCAUCGACAGAUCGGAUUCGCAUUGAGCCAAGCUGAGCGACCAGUCCUUGAUGCUCAACCUCACCCUAUCAGCUCCGAUGAAGGCUCCGAUCAAGACCAGUUCGAUCACAGGAUUGACGAAACAUUCUCGAUCGCGAGCUCGAUGGGCGCAGGCGGGCCGACGAGCAGCGCACCAAAUCCAUUCAAAGUAUUCGAUCGGUCGAGCAAGCUCAAGCAAAAGUCGAGAGCGGUUCGGAAGGACAUUGGCAGGAAUAGGGUUACUGAUUACUUGAGAGAUGAGGUCGCCUUCGGUCUCGUCGACCGACUCAGGGAUAUCCGGAGAAGAUAUGAUCAAAUUCUCGAAUUCGGUGCGGGUCCUGGCUCAUUGGUCAAGCCUCUACUCGACUUCUAUCUUCCUCAAAAAAUAGUCCUCACCGACAGUUGUCCGGACCUUCUCUGGAGAGACAAAGAGUUUUGCCCAUCCGAUGUCGAAAUUUCCCGAGUGGUCAUGGAUGAAGAACUUGUUACCCUAGAGCCUGGAUCACAGGAGUGCAUUAUGUCGUGUUUAUCUUUGCAUUGGGUCAACGAUCUACCUGGUACUCUGAUCCAGAUUCAAAACAGCUUGAAACCAGACGGCGUUUUCAUUGGGGCAAUGUUUGGGGGUGAUACUUUAUUUGAACUAAGGACUUCUUUGCAGUUGGCAGAACAAGAGCGGGAAGGAGGCAUUUCAGCUAGGAUAUCCCCGAUGACAGAUUCUCAAUCAAUGUCGUCGUUGAUUAACCGAGCUGGGUUCUCCAUUCCGACAAUUGACACGGACGAAAUAACCGUCCAAUAUCCUAGCAUGUUUGAAUUGAUGGACGAUCUUCGGUUCAUGGGGGAAAGUAAUGCCACGAUUAACCGACGAACGUUCCUCAAAAGAGAUACGCUGCUAGCAGCCGCUUCGAUUUAUGAAAGUAUGUAUGGAACCAAGAAUACAGAGACGGAUGACAGCGUGAUCCCAGCCACUUUUCAAAUCAUCUACUUUAUUGGCUGGAGACCUGAUUCUAGCCAACCUAAACCUCUCCAAAGAGGAAGUGCCCAGAAAAACCUCAAAGAAGUGCUUGGUAAUUAA